CGUCGACUUUUCGCCGUCCGUGACGACAUCGCACGCACCCGCGAUGAGCCGCCCGAGAGCAUCGUUCCUAACCAAUUGCUGUUUGAGUGGUCUGUUUCUCCACCUCUCUCUCGGGCGGCGUUUAUCGUGGACAACGUGCGGUCGAUGUGGACGCACAGCUCGCCGCGUGUGUCGAUAGUGGGGCUGCUGCGGCUCUAUCAUGCCAUUGGCAGAGCGCUGCCGGCGAGAGAUAGGGCCCAGCGGGUCGAUGGGCAGGAAGGCGGGGGCAGUGGGGAUGGAUCUGCCGGGACGUUGGCGUACCGGGACGCGGCAACAUGGACCAGGAACGGGUAAGCAUCAAUUAUAUUAUGCGCCAUCGCAUCGCACCAGCGACUUUGCACUGCACGCAGGUGUAUGCCCCAUUUGGGUCACAAAGUGAGUUCGAGCGGGAGCUGGCGAGGCAGCCGCCCACUCUGCAGCAGCGAGUGCGGUCGCUGCCAGUGCUCAAGCGGGCCCGGUACCUCCACUUUGUCAGCCUGUUUAGCGCCAAGAAGCCCGUGUAUGAGAACGUGGAGGUGUUGACGCCCGACGGAUUGGUGCUCUGUCACUGCGACAAACGAAAAGUUUGUCUGUCUGUCUGUCUGUCUGUGGGGAGGGAAAGACACUGGUCCACCUGCGGCGUGUGAAUGGGUACUCGUGUGUUCAGGCCAAUUGGUACGUGAAGCGGCAGCUCGCGAGAAAAGAGUGCGACGUAAGUGCGAUCCAUGCAAUGAACACACGUACAUCCAUCGUUUUGCAACCCUUCUUUCUUUCGUCUGUGUCAGAGCCCCUUGCGGAUCCGUCUGCUGUUCGAGCCCACGGGGCAGGAAGACGGGGACACUCAAGCGGCCACCCAAAAGGCCGAACGAAAGUGGGCGAGCCACACACACACAGCCAGCCAGCCUUUCUAUACAGGUCACCCACGUGCAUCGCAUCCACUUGCCCUUUUGUCUUUUUCUCCAGUGCACGGCGGAAGGAGGAGAGAGACGGCGAGGGCAGCCUUUUCAGCGACGACCAGGACGCAGCAGCGGGGGCAGCUGGGCGGUCGAGUGAGUCCUGCUACGCCAGCAAGAAGGAGAACAGGUGUGUGGUGUGCGGGGUCGCCAGGAACUUCCUCCGCUACCACGCGGUGCCCACCUGCUACCGCUGCCAUUUCCCGCCGCAGUACCGCUGCAAUGGCAGCCACGACGUCAUACUAUUAUGCGUCACGUGAGCCAUCUUCCACAGAGCACACACAUGUAGAUGAAUGUAAUGUAAUUAUGAUGUCGCGUUGUAUGUUAUGUGUGCAGGUGCCAUGAAGAGGCGAGCAAACACGUGUUUCAGCUCAAGCAGCAGUUGGCGGACGAGUACCAGGUGAGGAGGACACCUGCAGCACCGGAAAAGUGUGGACUGCAUCCUACUGUCCGUGUGUUUUGGUUGCUCUCUCUGCAGGCCCCCCUCAACUGGUCGAACGAGGAACAUCGGAAGCAGUCAGCCCGCGCAUGUGCGGCCAGACGCGCGGCGGCUGCCCUACUCAGGUGAGUGAGCCACACCAGCACACCAGCAUACAACAGCCUUUCGGCCUAGGACCUUUCUGAUGUGGCCAUCUGCCUGUGCAGGUCAGGCGACUCGAUGCCGCUCGAUCGCAUCCUAGAGCUGAAGAGCAAGCUGCUCGAGUGGAGGGACCACCUGCACAGCGAGAGAGAGGCCGGCUCUGACUCCGCCAUCCCUGCCGACAUCCAGGAAGGCCUCGACGCCCUCAGCAGCGGCAUUCGCAAGGUGCUGUUUGAGGAGGAGCCAACUGUGAGUGGCGAAGUGAUUGCCGCCGCCCAUGAGGCAGGGAAGGCUGGUCGAUAUAGGACGGGGGAGGGGUCUGACAGCGAUGGGUCGAGGGAUGGAACGGUCGACAACAAGGGCAAGAGCAUGCGGUAUGACCACGGCAAGGUGAGGAACCGAUCGCUUUGACUGACUGCACCCUCUCGCUCACUUUCUCACUGUCAUGUGUGUGGUGUGUUUCCCUUUCCCCAGGUCGUUGCCGAGCGCGUCGACGACAUAGGCGCCCUCAUCCGGCGGUUUCGCGCCCACUUCGUGGAGACGAUGAAGCCCCGAUUCCUGCCUUCCAACUGGUGUGUCCAGCACAAAGUGAGUCGGUCGUUUGGCCGGUUCAGCAGAUACCACCCCGACAACCAGCUGCCAAAGACUGAGACGGAGAGGGGCGAGAGUGAAGAAAAGCAGGGUGGUGCCAAGGCCACCCUCCUGCUAGCCACGCUGCAGUGAGAGUAUGAGCGGCUGGCGAGUCGUUUUUUGGUUGUGUGAUGGCGGUUGUUGAUCGUGUUGCAGCAUGGAUGGCGAUGGAUGGAUGGAUGAGUGUGUUGAUUGCAUGAUAAUUAGUGUACACUCCUAACUAGUACACGUGUGUAAGAAUGUAUGCCGUCUCGUGUCGCCACACACGUGUCACUGAGUGACACGUAUGUGUGUGUGCGAGCGAAACCGCUACUAACACAUACAUGUCAUGUGACCGACGUGAUCGAACACAUACAGUACAGCACACCGG